AUGGCGAGACCCGAAAGUUUGACGGUGGCAGUCCACAAACUGGAAGCAAUUCUCGACCCAGGCCUACGACGAGAAGUUUCGCCCUGCACAGCAAGCGAUAUUGAAGAUACGAUAUCGAAGAUGAACCUCGCGGAUGCUAAUCUCCCCAUGAAGCAGUCAUUGGCAGAGCUCAAGGCGCUUGUUCAGAAAUUGGAGAAGUGGUGUCAUACAGAGGAACCAUUGUUAAGCAGGGACGAGUUUUCUUGCCUCAUCUGGGGUCCGAUGAAGUUUCUGCUUGAAGCUGCGCAGAAUGAGGAGAUAUUCGACAGACUGCUUGGCGCCUAUUCCAAGAUUGGGCAGGAGAUUGCAGAGUCUGUGGAAUUUGCUCAAUUCACUCAAUUGUGGGAUGAAAGCUUCUCCAAGGUGCUGGAUUUCCAUUGUGAAGCUCUGGAGCUUUUGAGAAACCCUGGAUUGGAUGCACUCUUCAGAUCAGAACCAAAGGAGAGCCACGAAAACCUUCAAGAAGUGCCAGAGGACGAAACAAGCGAUAUCAGGGACCCGAAAAGAUGUAAAAUCACCACGGAUAGCGAUAACGAAACACAAAAGGCCGAGGAGAACCACAAGUUGGCCAUGAGCGAGCUGAAGGUCAAACUUCAGGGCCCAGACUAUCGGAGAGAUCGUGAGAGGUUCACCCGACACAGGAUUGAGUUCAAUUCAGGGACUUGGAUCUUCUCCGAGGAAAAAUUUCAGUCUUGGUACCGCAGUACUGAUAACACGAUUCUGUGCAUCAGUGGUCUACUUGGCAUGGGCAAGACAGUGUUGAUGUCAACAGUGGCCAACAAGCUCCUGGCCGAGAAGCAGUAUCUCGGCAGUGAAACUUUCGUUGGCUACUUUUAUUUCAGCCAUAGCUUGCAAGAACCGCACAACAGCCUUCUACGUGCUCUCUUAGAGCAAUUCAUGGACCAGAAUGCGGUCUUGUUGAGCGAACUACUCGACAAGCAUAUUCAUGCUUACGCUGAUGGAAUAAGGGAGACAGAAAUGCUACAGAAACUUGUCAAACGAGCCAUUGAGACGCGCCGCACCACCUUCUUGGUCCUGGAUGGCCUGGACGAAUACACCCACAAGGAACUAGACCGGACGCGUUUCGACUCGUACCCGUCGAUAUCGUUGGAGAUAUCUGCCCACACCGAGGAUGUGCGGCGGUACUGUGGCAAGUGUUGCUUAGAGAUACAGGAAAAGUUCGGCCUGUUGAAAGACGAGCGGGAAGAGAUUUCUGAAAGGGUGGCACAAUUAUCAAACGGCAACUUCCUCCACGCUCGGGUCCUCCUUCGCCAUAUACUCAGCUAUCCAGCAACUAGCAACCCGGGGAUUGCGUUGCGGCCGAGUAUAUUUCCCGAGACAAUGAUUGGUGUAUGCCAGUGGAUCAUGUCUCGGUUGCAUUACUCCGAGGAUGGACCAAAACUGCUGGGUUUGCUCAUGGUGGCGGAACGACCCCUUCGAUGGCGGGAAGCCCAAGCAUUUCUUUGCAUAGACGCAGAAAAAUCAAGGGUUGAUGGCAGCAGUCGUGGCCGGAGCCUUCAAGCCAGGGAGCUCUGUGGAGGUGUGGUGGACGUUUACCGCGUUACGGGCGAUGAUUCGUGCUCCGAGGAAAUGAUUCGGAUCCUCCAUCCCAAGAUCAGAGAGUCCUUGUCGGCGCGAGAACCAGACAUGAUCAACAUUGGCCUUGAGCAUGCCAAGCUAUCCCGUUUCUGUUCCGAAUACCUGACAUCGCAACGAUUCAGAGCUGGUGUCUUUGCUGAGAAAGUCAUGACCUGGGAAGACAUUGAAUUUUAUGAGCCCCUGGAUUACACAGUCCAACACUGGUAUCACCACGCCAAGGCCACUAUCAAGGCUUACAGAGUUCAUACCGAGUAUGACGAGGCUAUCAAAUCGCUUGGAACUUUCCUCUGGGCGCACAUGAGGUACCGGAACGGAAAGCCCCCAAAAAGUAUCCAAGAUGUGCAAGACUUGUUCAAACACAUACGCGAGGAUGCGCAUGAGCGUAACUUGCAGUUGCAACUUGAGGGCCGAGUUAGUUUCAUUCGGAGACAGAUUGAGAACCUAUACUGGGACAAGGUACACUCUUGGGAGGGAGUACCUAAUGGCCUGGACGGAUCUGAACAGAAACUCAUUCUCAAGUGCCCAAAACCAUGGUGUUCCUUCUUCACUGGGAGUUUUGCAACCAUCAAGGAUCGAGAUUUUCAUCUGGAGCGUCACCAGAGACCCUUUUAUUGCGCUGUUCAAAAAUGUUUUGCGCAUGAGCUUGGCUUUGAAUCUCUACAAGGCCUGUACUGUCACCACUGGAGGUCGCACCAGCCUACAUUCCUACUACAGAGCCCUCAGUCUUCACAAGAUCUGUCACAGACCCUCGAAGAAGCAUCCAGUUCGGGAAACCCUGUCCUUGUGGAGGAGGCACUAAGUUUAGGCAAGUUCACAGAAAGCACUCUCACAGCCAAAUUAUGCAUGGCGGCUGGCCAGGGCUUCCUGGCUGUCUGCAAGCUCCUCAUUUCCAAGGGGGCAGAUGUCAAUGGACCUGGGGACGAGUCUGUGAAAAGCCCACUGGAGGCGGCUGCUUCGCGAGGAGAUGCAGACAUGGUAAAGCUGUUCCUGGAUCGGGACGUCCAUCCUAAAAAUCCCCCUGAAAUUUGCCCUGAAAUUCCCAGCGAAGCUUUGGGCAGAACAUGCAAGAAUGGUCAUUAUCGUGCUGCUAGGCCGCUUUUCGAGGCGCAAGGCUUUUCAAUUGAAGGCCCAGGGGACUUAUUACUAUAUUCUAUUCAGGGCGGCAGCCUGCCCUUGACUGAAUACCUCUUGAGCCAGGGACUGGGGUAUUCCAUCAACGAAAACUUGGUCAACUCGAUCAUGGACGCGUUUGAAGAGAUUCAACAUGGCCCCGAGGUUCUUGACAUGAUGUUGAGUAUGGGCAAUGGCAUUCUCAACGGGAAGUCGAUCGAGAGUGCCAUCAAACGCGGGCUCAUCCAAGAGGUGGAACUGCUGUUGCGUUGCCCAAGGUUACGGCUCACCUACACAGAAUCAGAUCGAAUUUUCCGGGUGGCGGUAGAUUCCAAUUCGACGGAACUCGUGCGCCUCUUGGGAAAGGUCAAGACUGUUCAUGCACUGUCUUGA